UUUCAAUUAGCGAAAUGUUUAGGUCGAUAUGUGUAACAACAUGGAAAAAGCCUAUUGGUUUUACGAAGCUGGUAUAUCGAACAUACAUUUUCCUCGAUGUUACAAUUUUGAUCAAUCAGCACAAAUGGAGGAAUUCAUACAGGAUUAUUACAUCACUGCGUGUUUUGGGAUUUUAAAAUGGUUUUCGUUGCUCGCCAAUUUGGUAGGACCGGAAAAUACCUGGUCCCCGAAUGGAACAAUUCCCAUUAAUAUGAUUUCAUUCGCUCUGGAACGCUGUGUAGAAUAUAUAAGCGUUCAAGUACACGAGGACAUAGACCGUAAAGAUUAUGACACGCCUCUUUCCGCUUGGCAUCAAUUUUUGGAUUGGUACCAUGAAAUAAUAUAUGAGAGCUUGUAA